AUGCUCACGCCAUGGGCGAUCAAAAAGCUGGAACAUUUGAUGCUUGACUAUGUCAAAAUCGGUUGUCCCACCGGCAACUGCUACGGCUGGAUGGCCGUUCAUCGAUUCAACUUUGCUCUUGGCCUCUUCCACCUUAUCUUCGCCGGUCUCCUCUUCGGUGUGAGCUCUUCCAAGAACCCGCGCGCUGCCAUUCAAAACGGAUACUGGGGACCAAAGAUCAUCGCAUGGCUCGCUCUGAUAGUCCUCUCAUUCCUGAUUCCCGACGAGUUCUUCCAAUUUUGGGGCUCAUACAUUGCUCAGGUGGGCGGCAUGUUGUUCCUCAUCCUUGGUCUUAUUCUGCUGGUGGAUCUUGCCCACAAUUGGGCAGAGUACUGCCUGGAGCAGAUUGAAGAAACCGACUCCAAGGUGUGGCGCACGGUACUCAUCGGCUCUACAUUGGGAAUGUACUUGGCUUCGCUUGCCAUGACCAUUGUCCAGUAUAUCUUUUUUGCCAAGGACGGUUGUGCUAUGAACCAGGCUGCCAUCACCAUCAACCUCUUGCUCUGGGUUGGAAUUUCCUUUAUCUCGGUUCAUCCCACCAUUCAGGAGUACAAUCCCAAGGCUGGGCUCGCUCAGGGGGCAAUGGUCGCCGUCUACUGCACAUACCUGACAAUGUCAGCUGUCUCCAUGGAGCCUGAUGACAGACAGUGCAACCCUCUGAUACGGGCUCAGGGUACUCGAACAACUUCGAUUGUCAUUGGUGCCAUAGUCACUAUGCUCACAGUGGCAUACACGACGACUCGGGCUGCUACGCAAAGUCUCGGUUUGGGCUCUGCGGGCGGCAUUCGGCUCCCCGAGGAAGAUGAGCAUGAUCUUGUGACUCAGCAACCUAACGCACACAAGCAAAUGCGGGCAGAGGCUCUUCGCAGGGCAGUUGAGGAGGGUAGCUUGCCAGCCGAUGCCCUCCUCUCCGACGACGAGAGCGAGACCGGGACCCAUACCCCGGGUGAUGACGAGCGCACCAGGACUCAAUACAACUACAGCGUCUUCCAUAUUAUUUUCUUCCUGGCCACGACCUGGAUUGCUACUUUGCUUACUCAGAGCUGGGAUGACCACAAUGAUGGUAACUUUGCGCCUGUCGGCCGAUCUUACUGGGCAAGCUGGGUCAAGAUUGUGAGCGCUUGGGUAUGCUACGCGAUGUAUGCUUGGACCUUGGUUGCGCCUGUGGUUUUGCCAGACCGCUUCGAUUUUUCCUAA